UCAAUCUAUCCUCUCUUAACAUCACUCCACAGGUACGAAACUAUGGAUUAUCAUGGAGUACCUUGGAGGGGGGUCUGCCUUGGACCUGAUGAAGGCAGGGAGCUUCGAGGAGAUGCACAUUGCCAUCAUUCUACGGGAGGUGCUCAAGGGUCUCGAUUACCUACAUUCGGAGAGGAAGCUCCAUAGGGAUAUCAAAGCGGCAAACGUGUUGCUAAGUGAAAUGGGAGAUGUAAAGCUUGCUGACUUCGGUGUGGCAGGCCAGUUGACCAACACGACAAGCAAGAGAAACACGUUUGUGGGGACACCCUUCUGGAUGGCCCCGGAGGUCAUCAAGCAGUCCGCGUAUGACUCCAAGGCAGACAUAUGGUCCCUGGGCAUCACGGCCAUAGAGUUGGCAAAGGGGGAGCCGCCCAACAGUGACCUCCACCCCAUGCGAGUCCUUUUCCUCAUACCUAAGAACAACCCACCGCAACUCACAGGGAACUACAGCAAACCUUUCAAAGACUUUGUCGAAUCGUGUUUGAACAAGGAUCCAGAGAAUAGACCAACAGCCAAAGAAUUACUGAAGUAUCCAUUUAUUCGGAAGGCCAAGAAGAAUUCCUACUUAAUGGACCUGAUUGAUAGAUAUAAGUCAUACAGGAAAAACUGCACAGAUACUGAUACAGACUCUGACCAGUCAGAUUCGGAGGACAGUCGACAAGAGAGUGAUGUGGAGGACCCGGCAUGGAUCAUGACGGUGAGAGAGCAUCCUGGUGGCCUUUCUCCCACCAGCAUACAGGAGGUCCUACCCAGCAGCAACACUUCGUCGCCUCUCUCCUCAGACCCUCCACCUCCCUACAACACUGUGGCUGCAUCUUCUAUGUCUUCCCUCUCUCAUUCACCUCCCAAGGAGAACAACGGGGUUCUGUACAGAGGAGAAAAGACAUCAUCUCCGACUCGUCCAACUUCUGUGGCACCCCCACCACCCAAUGAGAAUGAGAAGCGAAGAGAAGCUCGCCUGUCUGAACACCGAACGUCCAGAGAUAUGGAGCUGUCCCCUCGAUCAAAUGAAACCCACACCAAUGGAGAUGACCGGCGCCUCUCCAGGGAAAUGACUGAUAUGAGAAUUGACCACGAGGACCACAGGAAUGACAUCAGCGACCGUCCAGACAGAAAUGAUUAUAAUGAGAGGAAUGAGCGGCGUCACUCCCGUGAGGCACACCACCCCAGAGACAACAGGUCAAGCAUAGGUGACAUCAGGCGGCCAGAUCAUCGGGUGCCCUCUUCACACCCACAAUCACCGCGAGCCACAUCUCCACUGCCCACUUCGAACACCCUGGUUGAUGUGGUACUGCCACUCAUGUCAGAGCUUCAGCGACGCCACCGACACUCCAGUAGAAGUGGAGACCCACACCGCACAGAUGCCAUUGAGGAACUCAAAUCGGCCUUCGAGACGGCUGAGCGGUCCAACCCAGGGGUGACAGAUGCUUUCAUACGGGACCUCUUCUCCAAGCUAGUUCCCAACAUGACUGAGACCAAGAUAAGGCAAGCUCACGACAACCUGACCCGGUGAAGCCAGGGUGGGAAUAUUGUGUAGGAGGACCACAUGAAGCCCCCUCUCCCCCAGUACUUGUUGCUUGUUGGUGAUACUUAACUUUUCAUGUGGUGUGGAAACAGCUGGAUGAUGCAGAUAGUUAUGACCAAUUUGAUGAUAUGACUCUGGAAAAUUGGAAUGUGGUGCAGGUGGAGGAGAGAGAGAGAAAAAAAAGAUAACAGUGAGGGAGAGAGAUUUCCAAAUGUGUCUCUACCCUUCUCAUAAAGUCUCUUUUUUUAUACUCAGUGUUAGCUGGUUAAUUUUUAAAACUUAUUUUUUCUUGCAAUUUUUUUUGUUUUUUGUUUUUUCUUUUUUUUUCAUUUGCUCCCUCUACCACAGUGAACAUUUGUGUGCUGAGGCGUGCUUGGGUGCCCAGGGGAGUGUUGAGAAGAUGGUGGAAGGAAUGAUGGCUUAGGAGAGUGGGAAUGCAACGCAAGUGUUGGGAAGCGGACACUGCCCUCGGAAUAGGUUUGGGGGGUGGUCGAGUGGUGGCAGGGACAAGUUCAGAUCUUUUUUAGUUUGGUGAACUUUUUAUCAAUGUCCUUACUUUAGAGAAAAUAAAACAAAUUGGAAAAUGAAAAUCCGUGCAUACAUACAAAAUCUGCAAGAUGAUUCAGAGAUCUCCAAUGUCAUCGGGGAAGCUGUUCCAUACAGUAACAUGAGGAGCGUGGCAUUGUACAUAGUUCUGACCUCAGUGCCUCACAUGCAGUGUCUUGAAGGGUACCCACAUGCGGGUGGGCUCGCGCAGCACCCACCUCCCUGGUAAUGGUAAUUAUCUAUUUUAGGUUGUUCUGAUUGCAGAACAGGAAAGUGGAAGUUUUAUGUAUUAUUUUAUUUUUAUUUUUGUUUUUCCUCAUGAUUUUUUUUUUUCUCCUUUUUUUAUGAUUCCAAAUCACAUGGAACCAAUGAUACAUUUUACGAUUAGCAAGAAGAGGGCCAGUCUCUCACCUUGCCUUGUACUAUACUAGUGUAUAUACCCGUGUACGUCAGUGAAUAUAGGUGUGUUUGCAAGAUGUACAUAUUUUCCCUAUUAUGACCACACUAAAUCAAAUCUAGUUUGGUUAUUGUAAAUGAAUUACACACCUCUCCUGAGCCAUAUCAGUAGCUAUUGACUGUAAUUUGGUAUUUGUAUAUUUCCCAGGUUGAGUUUGUGGUUUGGUUUGUGUCCUAACGUCAAACUCACUUUUCCUUCUUUUUAUAUUAUGGAUGCUUUUGUUUGUUUCUUUGUAUUGAUUAUUAUUAUGAUCAUCAUUAUUAUUAUUAUUUUUAUUAUUGCAAUUUAUAGUUUAUCAUUCAGUUUUUAUUAGUAUUAACUUUAAAAAUUGGAUUAGCAGAUUUUAAUCAUAAUAAAGAAGAUCAGUUAUGAACUUUUCUUUUUUUUUCUUAUUCUGUUAUUUUAUUAUUAUUAUUGUUUUCAAAAUCAAGAGCUUUCACAAGAAGACAUGCUAUUUGUCUCUUGGUUGAGGAUUUAUGCCUUAUUUACAACUACGAUGGGGCACAAGAUGAUUGACUUUGUCCUGUCUCUGCCAUACAUCCUUUUGUGAUACUUGCCUGUUUUUAGUAGCCAAAGAUGUUGCUAUUUAUUCUUGUUAUUAUUGGACACAUUUCUUCUCUUCUAGUGUCAAAGACAUUGUAGGUUGUAUUCAAUAUUUAAUUGAUUUUUAUUUUAUAUACUGCUAAUGCAAGUCUUUGCCUUAGUGAAUAAUGAGAUAUGAAAAAAAAAAGAAAAAAAAAAAAAAAAAAAAAUCCUUAUGCAAAACCAACAUUCCAGUAAUGGUGAUUUUCUUCAUUUAAAAGUGGAUUUUCUCUUCACCUAGUCCUGCCUUGGUAAUGUCACAUGUUUGUAAUUUUAUUUGCUCUUUGUUUUACUUUUUUAUUCAUUCAAUCAUUUUAUUUUGUACAGAUUUAAAGGAGAUUAAAAGUUGAGGACAAUUUGCACUUUUUUUUUUCUGUUUGCGUUGGUGUUAUCUCGGCCAUUGUCAGUGUGGAUCCCCUCCAUAUAUGUAUAUGUAUAUAUGUGUAUGUAUAUGUAUGUAGAUGUAUAUGUAUAUCUGUAUAUACAUAUACAUUAUGUACAUGUAUAUGUAUAUGUGUAGAUAAGUACAUGUAUAUGCAUAUGUAUGUAUAUAUACAAGUUUGCAUAUGUAUGCAUUGCUGUAUAUCAAAAACAACCAAACAAUAAAAGUAUUAUUAUUAUUUUUUUAUUUGGGUCUGCCUCUUUGUCAGUACAGUUGUGGCUGAGACAGGAGUUACUUUUGUUAAAACACCUAAGGCUUUUUUUUCCCUUUUCCCCUUCCUAAGACCCUUUCUUUAUCCUCUCAAAUCUAGUGGUAUUCUGCCAAGAGUGUUUUUCCUUUAUUCUUUUCGUUUUAAUGUAUGUAUUUUGAGGCUAUGCUCAAAUUGGUAAGGAAAAAGAAAGAAAAUGGCUUGGAUGUCAGACUCCAGUCAUGGAAAUCUAGAUUAAUAUAAAUAUUCACAGAUUGUUAUUUAUUUAUUUAUAGAUUUUGGAGAUUGCAGUAUUUUUUUUUUUAUUCUCAUAUGUAUAUUUAUGUAUUGUUUAUUUCUGUAAGGGCAGGGUUUUUUUUUUUAAGAUGUGAAUUGAAUACAUGCUGUGAAACCUUCUAUUGUUUUCUGGACUACAUCUGUUCAGCCAGACUGGCUCGUACUGCAGAGGAGCUGUAGACCUCCACCAGACCUGCUUCCUGUUCUCCACAAAACAGUAGAACCUUGCAUUGUAGUGCUUCUUUCUUUCUCGCUCUAGUUUCCAUCUCUCAUCAAAAUAGUCUGUGUGUUCUGUUCGUCGGAAAAUGUGCACAGCCUCUCAUCAGGUUCUGUGAACUUUGAUUAGUUAUGGUUGUCAUAAGCCAGUCAGUUGGUAGACUUUGAAUUUAGUGUAUGUUUCCUAUUUGCUGUGUUAGUGUGUGCGUAUUGUAGUGUCCAGAGGAGUAGAUUUUUUUGAGAAAUUAAAAAUUAAAGUAAAAUAGUGGUUUACAAAUAGCACACUUUGGAGGUUCUGCUGUCUUGUAGUAGGGUAGCUUGUUUGGAUUUUUUUAUUAAUUUUUUUUUUUUUCUUAAUCUUUAAUAUGCUUUUUGUUUGGUGAAUCAUGCAGUGAGAGUUAAAACUGGCUUUAGCCCUCCCAUAUUCGUUGAAAUGUCCUGUACUUACACGAGUUGGUUAUAUGUUUAAUGGUAACUGAAAAGUGAUUUUUUUAGGUUUUUCAAAUAAUGAACAAUUUAAGCUUUUUAAGUUGCUGAUUUUUAGCAUUUCAUACAGUCUGUUCAGAUGAACACAAAUUUUUGAUUCCAUCUUCCAAGUUUUUGCCUUCUGGGAUUAUUCUUAAGAAAUUGUUUAUGUAAAUAUUAGUGGCCCUUGCUCCUGUUAAUGCCAAUUAUUGUAAGUAAAUGAUUUAUCUUGUUGUAGGGAGGACUUAUUUUGUUUAGCAGAUUAGUCCUCUAAUCUUGUAUGUACAGUAUAAUGGUUGAUGAAUUAAUAAAUCUAGUAGAACUGAA